AUGAGUUCUUCAAGCCGUGAAAGCGAACGCAGUUCGGUUACUGAAAACUCAGAUAUGGCAAAUAAAAAUUUACUUUCGAAUUCCGGCGAUGAGGAUACAAUUGUGGCUAAUUCAGUUGUAAAUCCUUACAAAAAUGAACCUCUUGCGAACGCAGUCGGAGAGAAUUUUGUGUCGGUCGAAGAAGACGCAGAUGGCUUAGAACCUCGAACAUUGGAAGCGAGGUUCGAAGGAACCGUUCAGUUAGAUAAGUGGAGUGCAUGUAGCUUUUGUCGUACUCAACUGCUGCAGAUGCCAUUGAAUACCGUUGUUGUCAAGAGGUUGGGCCUACUUUACAUAAACUGGUAUUCGAUGGUAGCAUUGAAAAAAUUAGCUGUGUUUCUCUUCACGAAGAGUACACGAUUAUGACACAUGCUACAGUCUUGAAGAAUGUUGGCUCACUUCUGAGAGACCAAGAUGGAAGGUCAUACAAGCGUCGUAGAA